CAUAUUUAUUUACUUCUAAAUUGAAACGAGAAACGUCAUUUAAAAGCAUAACAAUCCUUGCACUAAUAAAUAAUUAUUUUUCGUAUCAGCUACCAGGCUUCUCCACCAAAAAUUCAACACCACGUUCUGGCCCACUACAGCAACUGGCAACACUGCCCUUCGUUGAAUCGUUCAGCUUCGCUUUCGUUAAAAAGAUAGGGGUUGCGCUUUGACGUUUUCGUUAAGUAUCGCUAGACGCGCGCACCGGCGGGGUAGGGGGUUGCAACCGGCCGUGCGGAAAAUUCAAAACAAACACACAAAUACAGCGCACUCUCGACGCAAGUACACACGGGCGCUGUCGCGUAUCGUUCGCGUCUCUCUAGCCUCUGCCGCAAACACAGUGCGCGCUCACACGCGGAUUGCAUAGCAACGGCUCUGGACGCACCGCACCACACACAGACGGUUGUCGUGACGCGGGGCGCGCAUUUUUGCAAAAUUCCAGGAAAUCGUUUCCUUCGCUCUAGCGCUCUGUGCACUUGUGACCCCCCCCCCCCCCCACAGUUUAGUAGGACCUCGGAUAUUGGCAAACGGACACGGUGAAAAUAUGAGCAAUCGACCAUUUACGGCAAAAUUUCCUCGCUAUCCCGAAAAUGGCGAUGAAGUGUUCAUUCGAGGGAAGCUGAAAGACGACGCCAAGAGCUUUUCCGUGAAUUUCUGUCUGCCGAGGCCAGCGCAGGUGGCGGAACACCAAACACCGCCGUACAUUGCGCUCCAUUUUAAAACGAUUUACGACGAGCGCGACGACACUAGCCGCGUGGUGCUCAACUGGAAGAACUUGCAAUGGCAGCAGGAGGAGGUGCUGGACAACUACUGGCACGUGGAUCGGAGCCAAACGUUCCGAGUGGUAUUCCGACUGCACGAAGAUUGCAUCAAGGUGUUCGUCAACAGUGUGGACCAUCCGCCGGACUACCAGUUUCCGGUGCAACUGCCGCUCGACCAGAUCGAAUCGAUCGAACUGUGGGAUGAUGUGGAGCACGUGGAGGAGAUAUCAUUCCGGUACGACAACGGGAACUGUAAGUCACCAGCUGGAGCAGGUUGUCUCUCAUUGGGCUCUUUACCCUUUUUUUUGACCCGGAUAUAUCUUUGCAGCUUACUAACGCGUUGAGAUCCCAGGGUUGAGAGGCUCGCAUCGCAUGCGGCAAUCACGUUCGAUCGUUCGUGACAUUAAGCAUCGAUCAUCGUGAUGAUCUACCUGCACUGUCGAGGCCGCAUGCCCUUAUACCGUUUCUUGUGUUGUAAAGUCGCCACUCGCCAGGCAGCUUCUUCAAAACGUCCACGAAUAUAUUCUACCGUCUAGUCAUACGUCAAACUACUACUGCACAGUAUUGCGCCCUACGAUCGCCCGUACACCUACCUAUGCACCUUGCGACUUGCGCAACGAAAUGUUACUGUGGAAGUGCCUUACUGUGCCUUUCUGAGGGUCAGGGACGGUAUGAGUCAAGUGCCGUCCGAGUCAUUCUAUCGCGUUAUCUACAAGGCAGCAGCAGCAGCAGCAGCAACACACAUCGUUACAAUCGGACGAAUCAACCGUUGGUGCUAGUUUACCCAUAAGUAUAGGUAUAGGAAGCGUUGAAUCGAACGUGCGUAAUGUUUGUAUUUUAUCAGCUGCUAUCAGCACCGCUGGACUUCGAGCACGCUUCUUCCCCAGCGCGGGUUGCUUUUGUGUGGAACAUUAACUUCGUAAUGGGUGGUGCCAUUUAGCUGAAAAUAAUAAAAGUUUAUGUUUUGUUUUGUUUCA